AUGCGUAGCAAAUGGGAGAGAGGUAGCAGUAAAAUAGGUAGUGGGUUACUACAUUUCAUUUUUGAUAACCGCAGGCUACUUGUGUAUGACUAUGUUCCCAACAACACCCUUUACUUCCCCCUUCAUGGGGAAGGCAGGCCUGUUAUGGAUUGGGCAAUGCUUGUAAAAAUUGCCAUUAGUGCAGCUCGUGGAUUAUCUUAUGUGGAUUAG